UCCUGGAUGGGACUGGGAGGUCAAAGUCAAGCCCUGCUUGUGGGCCUGUGAGAAGUCGGCAUGGGAUGUCUCUGCCUGGUCCUGGGAUUGCUGCUGGCUGCAAGCAUGCAGCUCCACGAAGCCAAACGAUAUCAUGAGGUGCUGGGCGAUGAAAGAUACCCUGGCUACAUGAGGGAGCACAGUCAGUUACGUGGGUGGUCUUCUGAUGAAAAUGAGUGGAAUGAAGAACUGUAUCCAGUGUGGAAGAGGGGAGAUGCAAGGUGGAGGAACUCCUGGAGAGGAGGCCGUGUGCAGGCAGUCCUGACCAGCGACUCUCCAGCCCUGGUAGGCUCCAAUAUCACAUUUGUGGUGAACCUGGUCUUCCCCAGAUGCCAGAAGGAGGAUGCCAAUGGCAACAUCGUCUACGAGAAGAACUGCAGGAAUGAUUCGGGUCUGUCUUCUGACCUGUAUGUUUACAACUGGACAACUUGGCCAGAUGACAGCGACUGGGCAGAGGACGGUGACUUGCGCACUGGCCAAAGCCGGCACCACGUGUUCCCGGACGGGAAGCCCUUCCCUCACCCUCACGGACGGAAGAAGUGGAAUUUCGUCUACGUCUUUCACACGUUUGGUCAAUAUUUCCAAAAAUUGGGACGAUGUUCAGCACGAAUUUCUAUAAGCACAACCAACUUGACCCUCGGUCCUCAGGUCAUGGAAGUGACCGUCUACAGAAGGCAUGGCCGGAGAUACAUUCCCGUCGCACAGGUUAAAGACGUGUACGUGGUAACAGAAGAGAUUCCGAUCUUUGUGACCAUGUCCCAGAAGAAUGAUCGAAAUGCAUCUGAUCACACCUUCCUCAAAGACAUGCCCAUUGUGUUCGACGUCCUGAUCCACGAUCCCAGCCACUUCCUCAACAAGUCAGCCAUUUCCUACAAGUGGAACUUUGGGGAUAACACUGGCCUGGUUGUCUCCAACAAUCACACUUUGAAUCACACCUAUGUGCUCAAUGGAACCUUCAAUCUUAACCUCACGGUGCAAACUUCCGUGCCUGGGCCCUGUCCUCCACCUUUCACCACGCCUCCAAAACCGAGCCCUACUCCGAUGCCUGCCAGUGGCGACCCUAUGGAGGUGAGCAAGAUUGCUGACGGCAACUGCCGGGUGGACAGAUACGGUUACUUCAUGGCCACUGUCACGAUUGUAGAGGGAAUCCUGAAGAUCAGCAUCAUCCAGGCUGCAGACGUCCUGAUGCCUGCGCCAUGGCCCGACAGCUCCCUGAUGGACUUCACGGUGACCUGCGAAGGGGCAAUCCCCACGGAGGUCUGCACCAUCAUUUCUGACCCCACCUGCCAGAUUGCCCGGAGCAUGAUUUGCAACCCUGUGGCUGUGGAUGAGACGUGCCUGCUGUCUGUGAGAAGAGCCUUUAACAGGUCCGGCAUAUACUGUGUGAACUUCACUCUGGGUGACGACACAAGCCUGGCCCUCACCAGCACCCUCAUCUCUGUGCCUGGCAAAGACCCCGCGUCCCCUCUAGGAACAGUAACUGUGGCCCUGAUCGCCGUCGGCUGCCUCGCCAUGUUUGUGACUGUGAUCACUAUCCUGCUGUACAAAAAACACAAGGAAUACAAACCAAUAGGAAAGUGUCCUAGGACCGUGGUCACAGGCAGAGGCCUGAGUGGUUUCCUCACUCACGCCAAGGCCACGCUUUUUCCAGGAACCCAGGAAAAGGAUCCACUGCUCAAAAGCCAACCAGGAAUUCUUUAAGUCACCAGCCUUAUUUCUGGCCAACAACCUUUGGAACCAUUUGUGUGAGCUGUGCAGGAAUGGGUGGCCAUUAACCCUUUUUUUUCUAAAGAUUAUUGUAAUAUAUAUAUAUAGCUUUCCAUAUAGCCACAUGCAUGAAGUGAGAAUUGGCCUAGCCCAAAGGCCAGGCCCUAAGCUAACUGAAUCCCAUGUUAUUAAAAGAUGCCUGAGCUGCUGAUAGAAUAAUAACAAGCCCAAGCUUUUUGUAUGAGGCAUAUGCUUGUUAAACUCACAAAAAAUACACCAAUCUAAAAAGUAGAUGUUAAAUAAUAGAUGGUGGUGACAAGUAUCUUGCCCAGCUGAAUGAAGAAAUGAUACUUAUACAUCCAUUUUUUUUUUUUUCAGUUUUUCGAGGUAGAGUCUCACUCUAUCCCAGGCUGAUGUGGAAUUCACUAUGUAGGCUCACUAUGUGGCCUCGAACUCAUGGUGAUCCUCCUACCUCUGCCUCCUAAGUGCUUGGGUUAAAGGCAUGCGCCACCACGCCUGGCUUCUCAUUCAUCCAUUUAUCCAUGGACACUUAUUUAGUGUUGUCUGCAUACCAGCCAUGGUGCUGGGGAAUGGGCCUUCACUCAGAGAGUUGAUACUCUUUUGUAUAUAUCUGAAUUUCUGAACCAUGUGAUGCACAUAUUUGGAAUCAUAUGUUAUGGUUUCCUGAGAGAGGCUUCCUACCAGUUUCUCUGUUAAAAUCAUAUAGAAACUUGAUCAGUGAGGAUUGCUUCUCCAUUUGUAACUAAAAUUGUCUGCCAUAUGUCAGACGUAAUAUUCUUUUUAUUUCUUUUUCUCUUCUUCCUGAAAAAAUAAACUGCGGGAAGAGACAA